AUUUACUAGUAUCUGAGCGAAAAUGCAGUAGCAUGUGGCACAAUAUCAGGUCGAGGCUAGCAAUUUAUGCGGCACGAUAUUAGGCUCGACCGUCCUGCUCUACAUUUAUAACUUGUUUUAUUCUUCUGAUGGAGCCGAUUUCCUUACGGGGCUUUCGUGUGAUUGAUUUGUUUCGUAUGAUAUGAGAAAUUUCAUGAAAGGAUGUAAAAUCUUUUCGCGGGCCGCCGCGCCCCCCACCCCCCUUCAACGGCAUGGGUCCAUCCUUCGGGCUACCCCCACCUCAAUUGGAUCCUUCAGACAGGUCAAGUCAAAGUCAACAAAUCAACGGUUGUCUCCAUUUAGUCACUGCGCGGGAACUCGCAUUCGCCCGGUUGUUCAUUAGUGCCAAGAGCCAUGGUUUCCUUGCUUCCAUGGCUGGCGGCCAUGAGAACGAGUUCGUCAUGUUGCCGGAAGCUAACAGCCUUAAAUGGUGCCCUCUUCACGAUGCCACGAGGGCUUCAUCUUCGGCAUCGACUCUUCCCCCGCCUUCCCGUCCCCGGAGUCUUUGUGGAACAACUCGCCCCACCUCGCAGCUUCGUAUCAGCACCGCAGCGUGAGCUCGUUGCACUGAACAAGAAGAUCUCCCAUCUGGUGCGCACGGGCCGCCUCGCUGAAGCCCGGUCCCUGUUCGACUUCUCGAGCCACCGGAACACCGUGACGUGGAACGCCAUGAUCACUGGGUACGUCAAGAGGGGGGAGAUGGCUAAGGCGCGCGACCUGUUCGAUAAAAUGCCCGUCAGAGACACGACUUCAUGGAACCUCAUGAUAUCCGGGUACUCGCUGUCUCGCCAUGGGGCCUGCGGAUUCAUUGAUGAGGCUAGGGCCCUGUUCGAUCGGAUGCCUGGGCGAGACCCCGUCUCUUGGAACACGAUGAUCAGUGCGUAUGCGAGGAUUGGGCAGAUGGACGAGGCCCUGAGGCUGUUUAGGGACAUGCCCGAGACGAAUGUGGUUUCCUGGAAUGCCAUGGUGAGCGGUUUCUUAUGGAAUGCUGAUGUGGCUCGGGCAGUCGAGUUCUUUGAACAGAUGCCAGAGCAGGACCCAGCCUCUCUUAGUGCCCUCAUUUCGGGUCUCGUACAGAAUAAUGAAUUGGAAGAAGCCUCAAGGAUUCUGAACAAGUAUGGCAUUGGGAAUUGUUGGAAGGAAGGUUUGGUUCGGGCUUAUGACACUUUGAUCGCAGGGUAUGCUCAGAGAGGGCAAAUUAAAGAAGCUCGGACCCUCUUUGAUCUGAUCCCAAAUAGGGAGAAGAAUGUCGUGUCUUGGAAUACUAUGAUAAUGGGCUACACUAGAGUCGGAGAUGUUGUAUCUGCAAGGAGACUCUUUGAUGAGAUGACUGAUCGUGAUACUGUCUCAUGGAAUACAAUGAUCAGCGGUUAUGUCCGUAAUCUGGACAUGGAGAAGGCCUUGAGUCUCUUCAGGGAGAUGCCCAAGCCUGAUAUAUUAACAUGGAACUCGAUGGUCUCAGGUUAUGCUGAAUCAGGAAAUUUACGGGUUGCCCUGGACUUUUUUGAGAAGAUGCCCCGAAAGAACCUUGUCUCGUGGAACUCCAUGAUAGCAGGGUACGAGAAGAAUGAGGACUUCGAGAGAGCGAUCAAGCUCUUCGUUAGAAUGUUAAUGGAAGGAGACAAGCCCGAUCGGCAUACUUUAUCUUCGGUUCUUGCUGUAUGCACCGGCCUUGUGGACUUCCACCUUGGCCUCCAAAUCCAUCAGAUGGUUGUUAAGACUGUCUUAGCUGAUGUUCCGAUCAAUAACUCCCUCAUCACGAUGUACUCUCGGUGCGGCGUGAUUUCUGAAGCUCGGGCCAUCUUUGACAAGGUGAAAUCCCACAAGGACUUCAUCUCGUGGAAUGCGAUGAUUGGAGGGUAUGCAUCCCAUGGCUUCGCUGCAGAGGCUCUCGAGCUCUUCAAGCUGAUGACGAGGUCUGGAGUCAGGCCCACUUACAUAACAUUCAUUUCCAUCCUCAAUGCUUGUGCGCACUCUGGGCUCGUGGAAGAAGGACGUGAACAUUUUGAGUCAAUGAUUCAAGAGUAUGGGAUCGAGCCCAGGGUUGAACAUUUCGCUGCACUAGUGGACCUGUUGGGCAGGCAAGGGCAGCUUGACGAGGCUAUGAAGGUAAUAGAAAGCAUGCCAGUGGAGCCUGACAAGGCCGUGUGGGGAGCUCUUCUGGGGGCAUGCAGAGUGCAUAAUAACGUGGAGUUGUCUCGGCUUGCAGCUAAGGCGCUGAUGAGACUCGAGCCAAACAGCUCAGCUCCGUAUGUAUUGUUGUACAAUAUGUAUGCGGAUGUGGGGCUGUGGGAUGAGGCUGCAAAAAUGCGGGAGGUCAUGGAGAAGCAUGAUAUCAGAAAGCACACCGGGCACAGUAUAAUAUAGGCACUGGCAUAGCACGUUACUAUUGGAAUGGAAUCCAUUGCUUUUCAAAUGACAAGUAAAGAUUAUGAACAACAAAGGUGCUGACAUCUCUGCCGCUAUCAUUUUGUCAGGAAAAUGGCUCAAACUUGAACAGGUGUGGUGGCUGUGCAAGUAGGGACUGAACCUCCGGUUGUUCAACUCAUGAAGGCAAUAGGGUAAAAGGGUAGAAGCGUAUUGGUCACUGCUCCGUGCUCGCAAACCUCCGAAAUCCCCUCGGAAUCCAUGGAGUGUCGUCGGUGCCUUUGGUGGCCAGGAUUUGUUGCCACCGCGGUCACGACACAGAAAGAGUCAUAUAGUCUUUGAAGCUGCCUUCUCCUCAGCAGCCUCGGGUGAGGACCAAUAGUUGUUGAAUCUCGAUAUGGACUUCCUCGACUCCAUCAAGGCUUGGCGGCCAUGGAAGUUUCCUCAUCCUUGAUCUAAGCUUGUUGCGCAUGGUCGAGAGCUGACCAUCUAAUGGCGGGCAGGCCAGCCUCCUUCACCCCCUCCUAACAUCGUUGGGCUGCUGGCUGCCCCAUUGCCGUUGCUGGUUAGGUGGGCUUUGGCAAACCUGGGGCGACUAGACUAUAUGAUGACUACCUAUCUACUCGUCUUUGUUUUAUUUUGUUAUUUAUUUUCCCUUUUGGUAUUAAAUAUUUUUCUUGUUGAAAAUGAAAAACACAACUGUCUAUAAUAGAAACGACUUCCUCGCGUUGCGCUGGCACA